AUGCCUGAUCAGCAGCUCAUCUCCAGUGGAGGUGGACGGCACCAUGUCCGCUCUCAGCUCUCUGUGUCGAUCUCGCAGUUCCUGUUCUGCCUCACCUGCGUGCAGCUUAACAUCACCGAGUGGAUGAGAGCCGGAGGGAAGGCUUGUCCCCGGCUGAUUUCUAGUAUCCUUAGCCUGGGAGGAAGUCCCCGGUACACAGCUGGGUGA